AUGCUUCGGAAUGCUUCCUCUUGCCGUUCUCCACAGAUGGCGGGCGAUAAUCAACCGUCCUUGGAAAAGGAGAAAUCCAAAUCCUGUAGCAGGUGGAGGCGUUUUGCGUGUCUGUUUAGUUCAAUGGGACCUAGAAAACCUUGCAAGAGCCCGAAUGGCCCUUGCUCACAGGACGACAGCCAGUGGUGUAGCUGUUUGCGUCAUCUUUGCUCUGCGGAGAACCAUCAGCGAGAAAAGGGCAAAGAACGAUCCAACGGCUGCCCAAUCUGCGAGAAGUCGGUUCGUCCUAGGCUUAAGCUGGGAAUAUUCGAAGACAGCGCAAUUGAACGGUGGUAUAUCCUGUGGCGGGCUGACCACAUCGUUGGCUUCUACAAGGAAACAUGCCACUUAAAUUUGCUCAUCUGCGCCCUGCAGUGCCUUUUCGGGAUAGCGAAAGCAUAUGUCACCCAGUGCCUUUUUCUGGCAGUUGAAAGAUCCGACGGCCAAAAUGCAGUACACGGGGAGUUCCUCGGAUUGCGCAUGCAGAUGCCAUCGGGGAGAAGGACUUUGUCGGCCUUGUGGCGGCCUGUGCUCCAAUUUGUGCUACUUUCGGCUCUUGUUUUGCCCAUGAAACUAAUGGAUAGACGCGGGGGCAAAAAUGCUUGGAAAUUUCAACUUCUGGCCCUAGGACAGGCAGUGACCUAUUCCCCAAGGAGUUCAGCUCAAUUUCGUCCUUGGCAGUAUGUUGAGAGAGACUGCAAGCUGCAAGUCGUCCCUUUCUGCAUGCAGUUCAAGAGGAAGCGCUGGGAUUACAAAAUCAUGGCUUUCUUCAUGCUCGGCCGCACUUUGUAUGCGCUUUUCGUCAUCAUGGUGGCCAGGGCUUUUGAAAACGUCAGACGACAGCUCUUUGCAUCUCAGGUGCUGCCCUUCCUUAUGUAUUUGUCCGUACUGGCGAACAGCCAAAGAGUGCAAAACCUGUGUGCAAUAAGAACAGAGCGAAAUCACUGUGGGUCCCAGCCUGCAGAAAGUUCUAUCUCUGCUGGUGACGAAGGCUGCCUAACUGCCCCUUCCGUCAUACAACAGGCCUACAGCCCGCCAAGUCUCUGA